UAUCACUAUCAGUUAUUCCCAACUCUUCCUCUCGACAACAUGUCCUUUUUAAUUCUCCUAAUUUGCGUAAUUCCGGCGAUUUUUUGCCGGAGUUUCAGUCAUGACGAACUUGAUACUGAUUUGAGUUUUAUUAAGACGUGUAACCGGACUUCCCCCAUUAGCAUGAGGACCAUGAACGAGGUUUUGAUCAACAAAAAGCUGGGUCAUGGUGAGUCGAGUGCGUUUAAGUGCUUCCUCCACUGUCUUUUCAUGAAAUAUGGGUGGAUGGACAGUGAUGGGGGUUUUCUCCUCCAUGAUAUUAAGCAGACUUUGGAGGAGUCCGAUGUGGAGAUCGCCAGUUUGGAGUUUAUUUUGUACAAAUGUACGGCCACCGAGUCGAAUAAUCGGUGUGAAAGGGCCUUUGUGUUCACUCAGUGUUUUUGGGAUAAGAUGGCCGAGCAGCAGCCCUCGGAAGACCAGUUUUUUUACAACAUCGAAGAUAAGAAGUGACGAAAUUAUCACUACCUACAUGCCACAGGAAGUUCCGAGGUGAACGAACUGAUUACAACUUGGUUAAUUUGAAAAUAAACAAAGUGAUGUAAAA